GUAUUCAUAAAUUGGUAUUCAAUCUUAUCAGUAUUUAAUGGAAAAAUAAUGACUGUUUUAACGAAGCAAAACUUAAUGAAUCUGUACGGUAAAAUCUAGUGAAGAUGUGAAAAUCAAUUAAGAUGUAAUCUUGAAAACUUUGAUUCCUCAAAACUUUGGAUGAAUGUAACACAAUCUCAUCACAUUAUGAAAUGGAUUUUAAUCAGUGUUGCUAUUUCUAAAGUCAAAGUUAGGACUUUAUCUUGUUAAGAGUAGCUUAAUUGUCAUUGAUACUAUUGUUACAAGAAACUUCAGUAUAAUUAACUUAAUUGUUAUAAACCAACGUUGGUAACCAGCAUGAAAUCUAAGAAGGUGUCAUUAUGCUUAGCUGGGAAAGGUGAAUAAAGUAGUGAAGCAUUGAAAGUUGUUUAUCCUUUUUGUUUAUCCUUUUUGUUUAUCCUUUUUGUUUAUCCUUUUUGUUUAUCCUUUUUAUAAAGUUUUAAAGUUUGUGAUAAUUUUAAGGUAGGCUCUAUGUGAUGUGAUGCAGGGUGAAUAAUGAACUGGUGUUAACAAAUACUUCCAAUCUCGAAAAACUAUCGUUCUGAUACCAUGCCCCCCCCCCCCCCAAAGUCAGAUUCGUGAACGCGCGUGUAAAAAUUAAUGCCCGCACGCACGCGUGCACUCAUAUCACUGUGAUGUCAUCAUCUGCUUUGUGACAUUGCCGUUGCUGUGUAAAAUUGUAUUAUGACGUCAUCGCAGAUCAUGCCGACCCAAAAUAACAUUAAUAAGUAUAAGCCAACUGAAAUAAGUGAAUUCGGUUUUUGUUUCGCUGAUUGAGCUUGUCUUCCUUAGUAUUCCACAGUUGGUUUGCGUACGGUGCAGAGUUUUGGGAGAGCUGAAAAACUGGCACAUCUUGUGUUUCAAACUUUUCAUAGUUGAGAGUUACAGAAAAUCAGCAAGCAUGCCACUGUGGAGUAAAGGGAAGAGCGUUUUAAUGACGCCAGAUCCAUAUCAUACUCCCGGAUAUUGUGGUUUCUGCCCCCAGUUCAAGUUCCAAAUCGGAGAAACCUUCGGUAAAACUACUUCCCGCCUGCUAACCAACCCCAACGUAGCCUGCUCUGGCCGACCCGUUCUAGCGGACAUCAGCCCGGCAAAAGACACCGAUUCACCUGGGACUAGUGCUACAGCAAGGCUUGCAGCACGGGGUGUAUUACUGAGAAGUAGAAAGGCUAGCUUUGGAGAUCAGAAACUUGGUGAAAGGAUGGUCCCUGGGUAUACAGGCUAUAUACCGAAAGGAGAACACUACUUUGGUGACCGCUAUGCGGAGAAUUCCCGCAAUGCCAUUGCGGAGUUUGAGCGAGAUCAGCGAUGUCACAAAGGAAAGACAGAUGCAAUGCAAAGAGUUCGACACAUCCAGGCUGGCCGUGUGCAGCCUACAACUGAAGAGAAAAAGAUCUCACCUUUGAGCUGCCGUGGUCCUCUGUUACCGCUCAAGAAAGAUGUAACAUCUUUUGUGUAUGGAAAACCCAACGAGCAGCAACAUUCUACUUCACCCUACUACAUGGCAAACCAUGACCCGCAGAAAUUCUUCAUGUCUGGUUACACCGGGUUCAUACCUAAAGCACGUGGGCUGAUAGGCAUGGGUUACCCCAUCAUCACUAACUGUGCUCUGAGUGAAUUUACCUACGAUCCACUACAAGCAGUCAGUAACGCAGAGGUGCCACAUCGGGGUAUAAUUAAACUACCCCGUCUGGAUCCAAACCAAAUCUACCCGACUGAAUCUGGACUUGUGCCCCACUACACUGGACAUAUACCAGGUCAGAAGUUCCGAUACGGCACAACAUUUGGCCACAGCACCUGCAACGCCAAAAGAGUACAGGUUAGGAUGAAUGAAGCCAUCUCAUCUAAGUAAAGUCUGCAAUGUUUCUUGUAAAACUUAAGAUAUUUCAUGUGGGAAACUACCAAUAAUAACUUGACAGAAUUGAACCUUGGUGAGAAAUAGAAUAUCUUUCUUUUUCAAUUGGCUUUGGACGGAGAAUUUAGUUUAAAAUGCAAGUCAUUCUCUAGUUAUAAAACGUUAACACAAUAUCUUGUGUAUUUGCUGCAUGGCAAUCUGAGUUUGCUUUAUGUUAUAUAAAACAACACUAUUCUUAGUUGCACACAUCAAAUAGAAUUCAAGGUUAUAAAUACAGCUUUUUGUUUAAAAUAUUUGCGCUAGAUAUAUAAAACAUUUUGAACUGUAGUGUGUACACAAUCCCUUUACAAUAAAACAAGCAUUCUGCAAAAUAUUCACAAGUAAAACAAGCUUUCAGAAUUAUAUAAGAAAAAUACUGUGCAUCAAAAAGUAUCGCGGUUAAAAUUAACAACUAAAAAUGCCCUAAAUUGAUGUUGAUAGUACACUUCAAAACAUGCAAGUUAAUCAUGGCUAGGUUUCAAACUUGUUGGCUUAAUAUCAAUGAAAUAAAUCAUUUUAUCAUGAAAGAAGAGAAAAUUGCUAUUGUUUCUUAUUUUUUUUAUGUCAUUUUGGUUGUGCUCAAUUCCAGUAAAACUCCUUUGAAUGAAGAUUAAUUUUCAAAACCUUUCAGUCGGAAAUCACAGCUGAAUACAUGGUUGUUCCCAGUUGACUAUAAAACAAUUAAAUCACAGCAACAGGUAAAAAGUAGCAUGCAUUGAGACUAAAUCUCAGCGUAAGUGAUAAUUAAAAUGCUGCAAACGUAAUUAAAUGCUUGUGGAAAAGUAAAACAUGAAGCAUUGCAUGCAUAAAAUUAAAACAAGUAUUGCAUCAAACCAAACUUAUUAACCUCAAAUAAUAAAGUAACAAGAAAAUAAUGUUUUUAUUAAAUAA